CGCUUGGGGUUGAAAUAUGAAACACAAAAGCAGCGAGGGCUGAAAAAGGCCGGAGAAAAAUGAGAAUAAAGUUUGUCCUCCACACGGAUCAGUUCUUUGGCCAGUGCUGGCUCCGCUGGUCAUCCCCCUCUCCUCGCUCCCCUCCUCCCCCUCCUCCUCCUCCUCUAUCCCCUUCCUCAGGAUUGGUUCCUCUAUCCCUCCCUCUCUGGUAUUCUCUCGCUCACUCGGUUUCUCCACCCCCUCUCUGAGCGUCAUGCAGAGGCAGUUGGUUUGCUCCACCAUGUCUGGGGCUCAGCGAGAGCCGUGAGAGGCUGGUAUUUAGGUCUGUUACGGCAGACAGGGAGCAGCUCACCCAAGGGCAGGGGGAGACAGGGAGUCGGAGACAACAGUCAGCUCAGCCAGGCAGGAACCAGAUCAGCAGUCCAGCUGAGGAGGAAAGAGAGAAAGUAGGACAGUGUCAGGACAGAACAGGCAGACGGAGGGACAGUGAGACAUAAGUGAGGACAGCAGCUCCUGCUAGCUGUUGCUGCCGACUGUUGUUGUCACUGCCUCAGCCAGUGACGUGAGCAGUGGAAGCAGGACAGGACAGGACAGGACAGGACGCAUCCAGGACAGGGGGACAGACAGACUGGUAGUGAUUUUCUCUGCUGUAGGUUGUGGCCGGUGGGAGGGCUGCCAUGUUCGACUGUAUGGAGGCUCUGGGAAUGGGCCCCCGUCAGCUGUAUGAUGUCAGCAGCCGCGGUGCGUGCAUGCUACGGAAGGCAAGCCCCUUCUUUGCGGGGCUGAACCCCUUCGCUUGGACAGGCAGUGCGAGCAUUCAGUCCGUGGAGACCCAGAGCACCAGCUCAGAGGAGAUGGUGCCCAGCUCUCCGUCUCCACCUCCACCGCCUCGUGUCUACAAACCCUGCUUCGUGUGCCAGGACAAGUCCUCGGGGUACCACUAUGGGGUCAGCUCCUGUGAGGGCUGCAAGGGAUUUUUCCGCCGCAGCAUCCAGAAGAACAUGGUGUACACCUGCCACCGAGACAAAAACUGUCAGAUCAACAAGGUCACACGCAACCGCUGUCAGUACUGCAGGCUGCAGAAGUGCUUCGAGGUCGGCAUGUCGAAGGAAGCCGUGCGCAACGACAGGAACAAGAAGAAGAAGGACGUGAAGGAGGAGGUGGUGCUUCCUGAGAGCUACGAACUGAGCGGAGAGUUGGAGGAGUUGGUCAAUAAAGUCAGCAAAGCCCACCAAGAGACGUGCCCCUCCCUCUGCCAGCUGGGCAAAUACACCACCAACUCCAGUGCAGAGCACCGUGUCCAGCUGGAUCUGGGUCUGUGGGACAAGUUCAGUGAGCUGUCCACCAAGUGCAUCAUUAAGAUUGUGGAAUUUGCCAAACGGCUGCCAGGAUUCACCACCCUCACCAUCGCAGACCAGAUCACUCUGCUGAAGUCGGCCUGUCUGGACAUACUGAUGCUGAGGAUCUGUACACGCUACACUCCAGAACAGGACACUAUGACCUUCUCAGAUGGUCUGACUCUGAACCGGACUCAGAUGCACAACGCUGGGUUUGGACCGCUCACAGACCUGGUGUUUGCCUUUGCUGGUCAGCUUCUACCUUUGGAAAUGGACGAUACGGAAACUGGCCUCCUCAGUGCCAUCUGCCUCAUCUGUGGAGAUCGUAUGGAUCUAGAAGAACCCCAGAAAGUGGACAAACUCCAAGAACCUCUACUGGAGGCUCUGAAGAUCUACGCCCGCCGCCGUCGCCCCAACAAACCUCACAUGUUCCCCCGCAUGCUGAUGAAGAUCACUGACCUCAGGGGAAUCAGCACCAAAGGUGCAGAGAGAGCCAUCACUCUGAAGAUGGAGAUCCCAGGUCCGAUGCCGCCUCUGAUCAGAGAGAUGCUGGAGAACCCCGAGGCGUUCGAGGACCAAACAGAGUGCAACGACAGCCCGCCCCCACCUCCGCCUCCGCCACCUCCGCCGCCAGCUACAGUGAAGCAGGAAGCCGAGGACGAGGACGACAGCUGGGCUACGGAAAACGGCAGCGAGCCUUCACCGGAGGAGGAGGACGAGGACGACGAUGAUGACGUGGGAGACGAGGAGAGAGACAGGGGCUCGGACAGUGACGGGGAGUCCUGGGGGGCUCUGGAUGCCAUCGAUGGGGCGAGGAAAGGCCUUUUUGGGAGGGCACAGUGAACACAGCAUUUCAUACACACAAUCACGCACUCACACACACACGUUACACACACACACACACACACACUCAGCACAACCUCACUCACCUUGCCACCUCAAGAACAUGCUGGCCUUCCCUCCUCCCCCCUCCUUCCUCCCCCUUCUGUCUCUAUUUACUGCACAUCACUGUGUCCUCAGCGGAGCACAGCAGAGCCUUAUGUGUACAGACACUUAUAACUCAGGCCACAUGGUCCAUGACGAGUGAACUACAGGAGGAUAAAGGAGAGAUGACAGUGAGGUGUAUGAACUCCUGGUGGAGCGGAGGGGAGCGUUAAUGUGAUGAAAAGAACAGAACCUCUCUGAGAACGCGUUAACGUCUACUUUCUCUGCUUUUUUUUUUUUUUUUUUAGUUUCUUUGUCUUUUUCCAAAAGGGGGAACGGCCAAACCAGACACCAGAACUGAGCAGUUGAUCGUGGUUGGGUUUUUUUUUUGUUUUUUUGUUAUUGUUGUUUUGUUUUGUUUGUUUUUUUAAAGCACAUUUCUCAGAAGCAAACAGGAAUACAGGGCAAAACCAAAUUAAGUAUGCUAAUCUUUUUGUUUUAUUGUGUUAAUCGUUUUCUUUUUUUUUUUUCCAAUUUAUGAAUAAGUCCAUACAUAUCUAUAUAUGCCAUUAUAUUUUGUCUUUAUUUGUUAUUCUGGUUUUAUAUAUGAAUCCUGUAGACAUGUUGUGUUUUUUCCUUGAAGAGCUUUCCUGAGAAGAUAUUCAGAGGGAAAGAUGGGUAAUCAGAACUGGCUGGGUCUUCCUCAUCAGCUGCCGACGCUUGGCCGGGGGCCUUUCUUUUCUUUUCUUUUCUUUUUUUGUUUUUUGGGCACUUUGGCUCACUGUGGACGUCAACGAUAAUCAACCUAGAGGACUAUUGUUAUGUUGCAGUAACUUUAAUUGGUUUCUGUUAUCAGGGAAUUGGCUUCGUUCUAUUUGUUUUUGCUCUUGUUGCAGCCAAUGUUGACACAGACAAUGCUGAAAGUUAGUAUCUUUGUGCCAAAGUUAGAAGUCAUGAUCCGAGCAGGACUGGAGAAGACUACUGGCAGGAAGUCCAGCAGUGAGAGCUCACUCACACUCAUGCACUAACACAGGGGUCUGCAACCUGCAACACCAGAGGAGACCAUUCAAAAAAAAAAACAACAAAAAAAACAAAUAAAAAU